AUGAGCAAGAAGGCGAAAAAUGGAAAGGAACUCGAGCCAACGAAACCCAAUGUCGAAAUCAAGGAGACCCGAGGAAAAGGAAAAGGGCUGUAUGGCACAAAGUUCAUGGAAGCUGGAUCCUUUGCAAUUCUUUUCACAACCGAUCACACUUCGGAGGAGGAGAAGAUGAGAAGAUUCGAGAUGUAUGGAUCCAAAAUGAUACCAACUUAUUUCUUGGAUUCUGGAAACCACACUGUUUUUAUGUAUUUUUAUAACUGGAAAAACUAA